AAAAUAAGUAAAGUACAUGACAGUAUAACUCAGAUUGAGCCAGUUACUUGUUUUGAUUUUUUUUUAAAUACUUAUCAAUGGGCUAUUUAGUUUACAUCACUUAUUCUCGUUUAAUAAUCAUGACAAUUACAUAAUUCAAUUAAUGAUGUAAUGAGUUUGUUUUCAAAAAUUCAUUAAUCAAUGCAAGACAAUGAUAUUUACUUAUUACAUAUUAAUACAAAUAGUAAUCGUAUUAUUAUCAUCAAUAAAAGUAUCAUUAACGAGAUAAUAGUUUCAAAUGACACAAUGACAGAUGAUUACAACUUAUGGAAAACUAUAUUACUUGGAGGUCUAUUAAUUAUUGCUGCCUUGUUAACUAUAACUGGAAAUGUUCUAGUUUUUAUAGCUUUUCUUCGUGAAAGAUAUAUGCGUAAAAAUUUAACUAAUUGGUUUUUGGUUUCUUUAGCUAUAGCAGAUUUAUUAGUUGGAAUUAUUGUUAUGCCAUUUGCUAUUUAUCAUACAUUAUAUAAUGCAUAUUGGCCAUUUGGACGUGAUUGGUGUGAUAUAUGGCAUGCAUUUGAUGUAUUAAGUUCUACAGCAUCAAUAUUGAAUCUCUGUGCUAUAGCAUUGGAAAGAUACUGGGCAACUGAGAAUCCUAUCACGCAUACAUCAAUGAGAACACAACGUCAUUGUUUAUUAAUGCUUACGUUUGUAUGGAUUUGUUCAGUACUUAUAUCAUUUCCAGCAAUUUUUUGGUGGAGAAAUACACAGGAUUAUGAUAUUAGCUCUUUGAAAGUAUGCCAAUUUACAUCGGACAGUAUUUACUUAUUUGUCUCAUCAUGUGUGUCAUUUUAUAUCCCAUUAGUGGUUAUGUUAGUUGUUUAUGCACGCAUUUAUCGAACUGCUAAUAAUUUAAUGAAAAGUUUUAAAACUGGUGAAAAAAUUGUUUACUCAAAUUCAAAGCAACAAUCAUCAUCAACACCGAAUUUUCAAGCAACUAAUGUGUUAAAUGAAAAAAAACAAAAACACUGGCUGAAACAUUAUCACAGUAAAAUAAAAACACAGAAUUUCAUUACACCACAACUUGGAGAUAAAAUGAUAUUACGUGUUCAUCGUGGAGGAAAUACUACUAACAAAUACAGUAAUAGAAGUAAUAAUACAUUUAAAACAACCAAAUUGAAGACACAUCCUAAACCUUAUCGUUCACCUUUCAAUUAUUUUGAUAAGGGUAUAAUAAAACGAAAGAAAAUGAAUGAUUUAACAAAUUUCAAAAGUUCACUUUGUUUAAAUAAGCAUAAUAUUAACACAAUGUCAAAUAUCAAUACAAGAAGUAACAUCACUUCUAAAAGUUGUGUUUUGAGUAAUUCUAUAAUUUCUUCAGUAAGUAAAUUUGAUAAUUAUCAGUUAAAAUUUGAUAAAAAUCAUUGGAAUCAUACAAAUUCUUUAAUGCAAAUUCCAAUUCAUUCUCAAAUUCAUACUGACAGUUUGAGUAAUCAUAAUAAGUUAACAAAUAAUCCAUUAGAAGAUCAAACUAAUUUUAAACGUUCAUAUUCAUUCAGUAUCCUUAGUUGUUUAUCUCAUUCACAAGAUAGACAAAAAUUUAAAAAAUCUCAAUACUUGAAAUCACAAAUAUUACCAUUUCAAUCAUCGAUAUAUAUGAAGAAUCCUCAAGCGUUACAAUUUAAACAAUGGAAUCGUUCAACAUGUCAAUACGAACAAAAUCAGUUCACUGAUUAUCAAUCUAAUAAUAAUAUAGAUCAAAUGUAUUCAAAACAUCAUCUUGGUGUAUCAAAUGAAAAGUGUAAAGUUUCAGUUGCUAGACUUAGUAUGAAUCAACAAAAUAUUAACAAUACUUCACUGAUCAAUUACACCACUGCAAAUUUCAAUUCCGUAAAUGUUAAUACUCUAAUGACUUCUAAUUCAGUUGAUAAUACAAAUCAAAUCGAAAUUCAUUCACUAUCAAAAACAAAAUGUUGGAUAAAUCAGUUGAGAGAGUUUGCUAGAAAAAAAUGUGUUUGUAAAUUUGCACGUGAACAAAAAGCAGCUAAAACGUUGGGAAUUAUAAUGGGAUUAUUUAUAAUAUGUUGGUUACCAUUUUUUGUUUGUAACAUUCUAAUUGCAUUCAAUCCAUAUUCAUUAAAUCAAAAUAAUGCGUUUAAACAAGUUCACAUUUUAGUGACCUGGUUAGGUUAUAUAAAUUCAUGUAUUAAUCCAAUUAUAUAUGCACAUUCAAUGCAUGAAUUUCGUAGGGCAUUUAAACGAUUGCUAUGUUUUCACUGGUGGUAUCGUAAACAAAUUCAGCUUAGAAAAUCAACCUCCUUUAAAAGUCAUUGGUUAUCUCAUCGUAUAACUUCCCAUCAUCAUCAUCAUAAUCAUAAUCAUCACCACCGACAUCAUCAUCAUCAUCAUUAUCGUGAUCACCAACACGAUCAGUAUCAAUCUGAUAAUCAUUUAUGUAAAUAUAAAUUUGAAACUAUCUAUGAAACACAUCAACCAACACCAAAAUAUCCCAGUGUUACAGAUUAUCAAUUAACAAACUGUCAUUUAUUACAUCAAGACCAUGAGAAUAGUUAUUUAUCAUAUAGUAUACUUGUACCAAAUUUAAGUGAUUCUAUUUUCUCUUAAAAUCAAUAACAAUAAUGAAAGAAAAUUCAAAAUUAUUAUUAUUUUUUUGGAUAAAAUUUAUAAAAAAAAAUUCUUUUUUUUUUUAAAGUAAUAAACUCAAAAAAAAUGUUCUUCUAAGAACUAACCAUUGCUCAACAACAAUAAUUAUUGGGCUAUAUGAAUGAAAGAUCAAUUAUUGAAAUGUAACCUUAGUACAAAUGGAAUAAUUCUGUAAAUCUUUUAUUGAUUUUAUUAUGCUUUAAGAUAAUACUAUUUUUUUUUAAAAAAUAAUAUACUGACAUGCCAUGAAUUUCAUCUAAAAUGAUAUUUGUAAGAAAAGUGGGUGUAUAAUAAUAAAUGUAAAUAAGACUGUUUCAAAUGUGAAAGAUGUUAAUC